AUGGAAUUUGUUACGAGUCUAAUUCAAGAAGAGACCACAAGCCCUAUUGAAGAAGAGACUGAGGCAUGCCAGGGUAGCUCAGCACGUACUGUUCGGCGGGAGAAGAGUCAACAGGUUUUGGAGGCUCCUAGUCCCUCUGGUCAGGAAGAGCCGUCUACUUCUGUGGCUCGUGAUUCUCCUCAUGCCACUCCAUCUUCUUCUUCUUCUUUUUCCCUCCCACCUCAUGUCUCAUCUUUUACUGAUGAUGAUGUUAAUCCAGUGCCACCUCCGGAGGGUGAAGCUGAUGCGGAUGUUGAGCCAGAGACUUUUGGAGGUGGUCCAGUUGAUUUUUCCUUACUACCUAUGUAUCCAUACCAUAGUGACAGACAUAUAUGGGACAAAGAGGAGCGUGAUCUGCAGAAGUUUCUUAACCACAUGGGGAAGAUUGUUGUGUUGCCUCUUCCGAAUGAGGAUUGGUUUCAAUCAGUUUUGUCUUUAUCUGGUCUGAAGGACUUGUGCAUGACUGAUUAUACUACGGUCAACCACGGGAUGCUUAAUGCAUUCGUGGAGAGAUGA